AUGUUGAGCAAAGUCCCAGCCAUCCCCGCCCAAACCACGGCGGCAACGGCUCUACUCCUUCCGGCGGCAACGGCUAGGCAGCGCUGCACCCACAGGUUGCUGCAGCCGCAGCUCCAACUCCAGUGCGGCACCCUCGCCUGUUGCUCUCGGUCCCUCCGGCGGACGCGGCGGCCGGUCUGCGUCGUGCAAGAGACGAAGGAGAGGGAGGCCAAGACGGCUGAGGAGAUUACAGAAAAAUACGGGCUCGAGUUCGGCCUCUGGAAAGUGUUCAACUCCAAGGAAGAGGAGGAGGGAGCCGAGGGGAAGAAGUCACGGACAGCGAAGGAGCUCCUGGCCAAGUACGGCAGCGCGUACCUAGCCAUCUCCAUCUCGCUCUCCCUCGUCUCCUUCGCCCUCUGCUACCUCCUCAUCAGCGCCGGCGCCGACGUGCAGGAGCUGCUCGCCAAGGUUUCAAUUUUUAGCAUGAACACUUUCUUGACUUCCUUCGUCAACUAUUAUGCUUCAAUCGAGGCCAAGUGUUUCGAUCUUACGUCUGCUUGACCACUAUAGUACCUGCAUCCUUAUGGCUGCUAUAGUACCUAGUUAUAGUAGCUUUGAAUUUGAAGUUAUAGGAUUAUUUUUAAUUAUACUUAAAGUUUAAUACUUUGAGUUAAAGUUAUUGGAUUUACAUAUAUAUGUUUUGAAGUUAUACGAUUC